AGUAACUGCUCCGUGUGUGUUCAGCGUCCAGCCUCCUUUCAGCUGCCGGAGGUGAAGAGACUGCGAUGAGGGAGGUGCCGGCGGAGGGUCAGAGGCUGUGAAUCAUCGUGAGGAUGGAGGACGAGCUGGUGUCGGAGGAGGAUUUCUUGCUGUGCUCAGAAAAGGACUUCCACGAUGCAGCAAAGAGGAACGACACGGCGAAAAUGCAGGAGCUGAUCAAGAAAGGCGUGGAUGUCAAGGCCAAAAAUAAAAUCGACCGUAAAGCUCUGCACUGGGCGGCGGGAGCUGGGAAUGAACAGGCUCUGCGUCUCCUGCUGGACCACGACACUGACGUGGAUGAGAGGGACUCUUUCGGCAUGAACGCUCUGCUUCUGGCGUCCUGGUUCGGUCACCUAAAAGUCCUGCAGAUCCUGGUGUCCUGCGGAGCAAAACUCAACUGUGAAAACAAAGAUGGUCUGAGUAUGCUGCACUGUGCCGCCCAGCGAGGCCACAUCAGAGUGUUGGAGUUCAUCAUGGAGGACCUGGAGGACAUUUGUCUGGACAGAGUGGACAAGUCGGGGAAGACGGCGCUCCACCUGGCUGCCGAACACGGACAGUUUGAAGUGGUGGAGUUUCUGAUAGGAAUGGGAUGCACACACGGUUUGAAGGACAAGGAAGCGAACACAGCUAUGCAUCUGGCAGCAAAGUUUGGGCACACAGAGGUGCUGCAGAAGAUGGUGGAGACUGGAGUCGACGUCGAUGAGAGAAAUAUAGACGGUCUGACGGCGCUGCACCUGGCGGCUGACGGAGGUCGUUAUGAGUGUGUCAGACUGCUGCUGGAGUCCGGCUGUAACGUCAACGCACAAACUAACAGGAACAUGAACGCUCUGCACUACGUGGCGCAGCGCGGCUUCGACAGAGAGGCCAGUUUGCUGCUGGAGGCAGGAAUUAACAGAGAUGCUGUCGACAGUCAACGCAACACAGCGCUCCACCACGCCGUGUUCAACAACCACACGGAGGUUUUACGGCUGCUGAUAGACGCCGACUGUGACCUGGACAUCACCGACAGCAGACAACAGACUGCUCUGCACAUCGCAGCAGAGCACGGCUGGCAGGAGCUGGCCGAGAUGAUGCUCAUCUCCGGUGUUAACCUCAAUCUGACUGACAAGCAGGGGAAAACGUGUCUGGAGGUGGCAGCCAGAGGAAACCACGUCAUCCUGGUCGACAUGAUCAUCAAAGCUGACCGUUUUUAUAAAUGGGAGAAGGAUCAGAUGAGCAGUGAGCAGGACUCCUGGGUCGGGAGGCCGCUGACCUUCAAGCAGGACCACCAGCCGGAGACGCAGCACCUCCGCUCCGUCCUGUGGAACCUGGCCACCAAGCUGCUCUGCCGCGGUGAGUGGAAGAUCCUGGCACAGCACUGGGAAUUCAGCGACGCACAUAUACGAGCGAUAGAGCAACAGUGGACAGGUAUGAAAAGCUUUAAGGAGCACGGUCACAGAAUGCUGUUAAUCUGGCUUCAUGGAGUCGUGAUGGCGGGCGAGAACCCCAUCAAAGGCCUGUACGAGGGGCUGGUUGAGAUCUCACGGACCGACUUGGCAGAGUGCAUCCGGCAGAAGGCGAACGCAGAGACCAGCUCUCCCAAAAUGUGCUCUGCAAUGUGACACCAAACACUGUGAGUGACUGUGAAGACGACACAACAAAUCCAAGGUUUCAGUUCACUUCUGUUUCCACGAAGCUUUGUAUUAUCCACAGCAUGUUUACACAUUCACACAGUGAUUCAUUGUUUUGGGGUCAGGGAACAUGAUGGUUGUAAAACUGUAAGAUACUUGGUGAAAAUGUAAAAUAACUUUUUUUUAAUGCAUGUAGUCAACACCUGCUGGCACUACUCUUAUUAUAAGGAUACUCACAAAGGGCUUUUCUGCACAUAAUGACAACUUAUUAUUCAUCCUAAAUUAAUGUGAUGCUUUAUUCUGCAAUUAUUCUCAAAGCUUCUCUUCCUUAAACCUUUGCACCCUGGGCAAAAUAGGUGCGAUUUCUCUUAAAAACAUGGGAAAAGAGGCAACCAGCAACUUGGUAAGAAAUGCUCCACAAA